AUGGCGCCAAAACGCAAACGUGCGCCUCCUCCUCCUCCUCCUCCGGCUCCGGUGGCGGUGGACUUUUGGUCCUGGCGCGCACCCGAUGCUGUCGCCGCUGAGCGCGUCCACAUGGACGCAGACUUCUGGAUGACGGGUGCGACUGACGGUUUCAACCUGUGGUUUCUAUUGGACCACAAGGACAUGGCGCACAGCUUCGACAUCUAUGCUAAGGAAGAGAAUCCGGAGUUGUACAAGCGCGUCCGGCUCCCACAUCGACCUACUUCACUCAUUCCUCUGCAAGGACUGAAGAGUCCUGGUUCAUCGCCUUGCUUCCUUUACUGGGAACCUCUGAGGCUGUGGCCUGUGCUCUUCGAGGGAUCGAGCACAGUGGCACGUGAACUCGGCAUGGUUGUGUCCAUCUUCUCCACCUGGUGGCUCCAGAAGGCGCUGGUCUGUGCGCGGGCAGCUCAUCGGUGGCUCCCGUUCUCGGUGUUUCGAGUACUCAUGGCCCUCACAGGCUGGCUGGGAAACCUUGCGCUGUUACCUCGUGGCAUCGAGCUCCGAACAAGGAAGUUCCCUCUGAGUAUUGGUGACGCGCUGGUGGUGCGUCAGGAUGAGCUUCACGUCUCAGAUCAGGACAGCCUGCAGGAUGGCCAAUUCCGGUUGGCAGUGGGCUUGAAGUUCAUGAAGCAAGAUCACAAGGUAUGGAAGUACCCUUUUCUUGGCCCAGCGGGGAAAAGCCGCAGGCAAUAUCCUGCUCUGCGCCUACCGUGGGGCAGGUCCUUGAAGGAUGUUUACCGCCAGCACGGCUUGGACAUGAGCCCGUACCCUGAGUCCUGGCUACAGCGGCUUUUCGCGUCGUCCUCCUUUCGGCAGGUGUAG